CAAAUAUGCAAAAACGCAUUGGUAAAUACCUAUCCAUUUUCAAAGCGGACUAGAGGAUAAAGUCUGACCAAGGGGUCAUUCCUUCAGGGCUGUCAUAAAUGGAAUUUUAAAUUAUCAAAAUGCUUACAAUUUGGAGUCCAAAUUAAAAUUCCCUUUUCCUCCUGUAUUUAAAAUUUUAUUUCAAUAUUUUAACAGUUUUUUGAAAGCAUUAUUUUCUUUUCCCAAAUAUGCAGUAUGUGAGAUUCUACAGGGAAUCCUAGAAAAAGUAGAUGUUGCCUCUCUACAUGUAUGUAAAUUUUGCUUAUUAGAAUCACUAGUCUUUGUUGAGAAUGGGAUCCCAAAAAAAAAACUAUGUCAGAAAAAGGCAGCCAUGAAAAAAAACAAAAAAAAAACACCCAAACGGUGAGCGGCUCUCUGCACUAGGAGCUAUUCCUACAACCUCAGAUGGGCCUUUCGUUUCAAGGCAAGGGGUCAUUUAUUGUGGGCAAAACUAAGAAUAUUGCAAUUUAAGGAGUGUGUGAAAAGGCCUCAACACUCCCCCACACAAUGCGGGGAAGAGCUAGCUUGGUGGUUGGAUUUAGAAUAAUUUUAAAGCUUGUUUAAGAAUAGAUUGCACCUGACCGGUUCAAAAAAGACACAUUAAAUAUCCCUGGAACUGUUGACAUUCUUAAAAAAAAAAAAAAAAGCCAACAGAAAAAGAACGUCAUUGUUUUGGGAAAUUUUUUAGUUAUGCACAAAUUCGUGAAUUAGAGAAAACACAAAAUUUUUGUUAAUGCUGAAUAUGAAAAAACAGCAUUCUUUCUUUAUUUAUUUUUUCCUUCUACGGAGCAUCAACCCAACCCCUCAGCCUGCUGGAUAAUUCAGAAGCCAGAAAGUAUUGAGAAUGGCCUCCAGAUAUAAAUUGUUUACUAGCUAUCUCAAGCUAGGGAACUCAUUAUUUUUCCUGUAAAAGAACACAACUUGCUUUUCGUAAUUUAUUUCUCCUUGUUUGGAAGGGCCUACUCAGGAAGAGGAAUCGGCUUCUAGUGAACUGCAAAGUAAUUCUCCGCUAACGGGCUUGCAUGUUCCACGGGCCUGAUGUGUAUCUCAGGCUCCGUGGAGGGACCCAGUGUUAUCAUCAGGUAGAAAUGGGCAGUUUUUACUCCUGAAUAAAACUUAGGCUCUGGCUGCCGCUGCAGAGGCGGCGGAACCGCAGCGGCACAAGCCUGGUGGAGGCAAGCAGGCACCCGGGGUUUCAGGUCAAAGGCAUCCUGAGCAAGAGAAAGAAAUUCAGGGAGGAAGGGUGAAAGGUAAGAAGGCAGACGGGCAAGAGGGAGAGACAGUGGACAGAAGGCGACCCAUGCGGUAGUUGAAUCGCUUUUCUUAAUCUCUCCGGAAUGGGAAACCUCCGGAAACCAAAGCGAUCGAUAAACGAAAGGAAUAUUUUAUUGAGGAGGCUAACACCUAGAGAGGUCCAGGAGGCUUGGGGCUGGUCAGGAAUACUCGGGGCUCCAGACCAACUCAGAUGGCUGAGGAGGCACAAAGUAGCAUUUAAUUUGAGUUUCUGCUGCGUUGAUUCUCUAGCUGGAACCAGCCACAGCAGGUCAGUCCGCGAAGGGAGCGAAGGGAACCAAGGGAGCGCAGCUGCGGGCUCUUCUUUCCUAACUCAACAGUCCCAGUGCGGGUGGGACCCAGGUCCUAGGCUAGAGAGGAUCUUCCAUACAAGCCUGCACACUUUUCCCUCCCUUUAAUCUAAGUUCAAACUCAACAUCCGAUUGCAGGGGGUUGGGGGAGUCACGCUGGAAGAACUCAUACCAACCACCGCAAAGGUCCAUGAAGACCCAAGUGUCAACCCCAGGGGCUGUGAUGCUGGUGGCAGGCCUUCCCGCUCCUUCACUCUUUAACAGGGGUCGCCUUUUGUAGCAGAUGCAGUUUGUAUGCUAAGCUAACUUUUGUAACCUUGUUGGCACGUGCAGGCUCCUGGAUCUCAUCCAGCAUAGAAACCCAUUUCGCGGUCCUACAGGGCCCUGGCCAAAACUAGCCUGAGGGGUGCCUGCAGCAGGGCAUCAGGGUGUCUUACCAGCCAAAUUGGCAGGGUCUCUGGAGAGCUAUAGGAAAAGGCUUUGAGGGGUCUGUGAAUUCCUUGAAAAUGAUGGUUGAAUUGUGGGACUGCAUAGAUAGGCAUUUUUCAGUGUAAGUCAGAUUUGCCUUUUAUUUUUCAGGGGGGUCCCUGACACCCUAAAAUGUUAAGAAAGACAGGUUUACAUCAAUGUCUUUCACUUUAUUUUUGUAGCUUUCACCAUCUCAAACAUACUCUCCAAUGGCAACGGCCCUUUCCAAAUUUGAGCCUGGAAAGUUGCUUUUUACAUUGGAUCCGGACAGGCAGGAAGCUGGGUCCUAAUCCUGGCAUGCUGGCCUGCUGGGGCUCAUUCUCCUCAAAGAGCCUUUCUCACUCUUGCCACCUAUACUUGCCACAUGACCUUUCCAGAGAGGCACAGGCAGUGCUGAGGAGCAAAGUGUCUUUUUUGGGUAGCCCCUAGUUUUGUAGCAUACCCAGGUGGCACUGCUAAACACAAUUCCAGUGAGUUUUACCCUCUUAUUGAGCAGAGCAGGGACCAGGCAGAUCCCAAAAUCCCAACGUAGGGCCCUAGGCUGCAGCCCUGUGAGCUCUUCAGUGCUCAGAUUUGCUGGCUACUUAGGCAUAGGGGGAUGAAAAUUUGUCUUGGCCUGGGGUGCAGGAACAACGCUCUCCAAGAGUGGAGAGUUAGCGAUGUGUCAGCACAGUGUGGACCCGAGUCUUGAUUCCGAUUGUGCUAAGCAGCUGCUAUAGCUUGAGGACUGAAGCUGGAAAAAAACUGGCUCCCUCAAGCUCUCCUCCUCUCUCAUUUUUCUUUGUCCUUCUCUCCUCCAUUCCUCUUUAUUUUUCUCUCCACUAUCGCCUUGUUUUGUAUUCUGAUACCUAGUCUGUGUAGAGCUGGUCAUCACAGGGAUGGAGGUAGAAGUGGCUGGAACACUGGAUGACCAUAGCAGUGGCAUGGCCUCUUGGGCACCAAUUAUAAAGCAGCCACAAUGGCAGCUGUUGGAUUCUUAGAAACCAGAGCCUGGGCUGUACCUAGCUAGCUCUCUCGUGCACUCUCAGGAUUCUCUCAGGAUGCCUAUCUCCUCAGGUUGAGUUCAUCCUGGAAGGAAGCAUAACAGACCACCCGAAUGUAAAAGUCUUUCCCUGCCACUGGCAGAGAGGUCUGAUUGCUCUACUUCCUGGGAUCCCCAGGGUCAGUAACUCCAGCUUUAAUUGAAGCUGGAUGAGUAGCCAGCCUGGGUCAUUCUGGAGACCUGUAGCCCACAGGUCAGGGGCAAGGCAGAGACCUCCCCAGUUCCACUGGAUCCGGCCGGAAAAGGUCACAUUUCCUGAGCCUGGUAUGGAGGCCCACACUUGGGGGCUAGCGCCCCAGGCUGGCCAUUUCCAAUUGGCUAAGAAAGCACCCCUGAGUAGGAUCCAGUCAAUGUUUGUUGAGCAAAGGGUCUGGCUUGGAACUCUCCUAUAAAAGGGUCACAGGCCCAGCUCAGUCGCUGAGGUAAUAGAUUUCUUCACCCUGGGCCUUGUUAAAAUGUGCACACCUUAGGAGGAAGAACUGCCCCAGCCAUAGGUUUGGAGAGGAUGGAGUAAGAGAGGUGGGGAGAGGCAGAAGCUUAGUGAUAUCAGCUUUUAUUAUAGCCUCCAGGAACAUAGGAAUGCCAUGGCCCAAAGGAGAGGAAACAGUGGCAGAGGUGUCUGCUGGGCACAUUCCUCCAAGUUUCCCCUUCCAGGUCUCUCCAUCCUAGAAGAACAAAAACCCUAGGGCCAAGCUUUCAGUUCUCUUAAAGGACCUGAGUAUGGGAUCUCCUCAGGGUGUUGGUGAGGGUGUCUGGACCUGGCUCUGGCCUCCUGUCUGGUGGGGAAAGUCUUCCAGCCAAGGAUGCCAGUCACUUCCCAUGCUCACUUACACCAGACCUCCAAGGUUCCCCAACAGGAGAUGUAUAAAAGGCAAGCCAGGUGAGCACUAAAGAGGAGUAAAUCCUGACUGGAUGAGCCCACAGGGUAGGACACUGUUGGAGGCUAAAGGAUCAGGGAUCAGCUAUUGCAUUUGGGGGAGUAUUUGGUGUGAGAUGUCAGAAGUAUGGCAAUAGCUAGCUUCCAGUUUACUCCAGACACUGUGAGGAUCCCAGUGGCUUUGGGACCAGGUUUGCUACUUUGGGAAACCAGAUUCCAGAGAUGGGGCCACUUCCAGGUCCAGAGCUGAAUAGGAAGAACGUGAGUCCCCGACAGGGUUCCUAUAUGUAGUCACAGGGCACCUGGGCCUAGUGGCCAUUUCUGCAACAGGGAUGGGAGCACCCAAGGCGGGCUGGGGUGCGCACCGUAAACACCCCACUUGUUAACUGCGCAGGGCCCAAGAACACUUCCAACAGACCCCCGCUUAGGGCUCACAUCAGAAUAGGGGCGGGGCGAGCCUAGGGCCAGGCCCCCACCAGCCACUUUAGGGCAACCCCCACAGCUCACAGCCUUCGGGCCAAGGUGUCAGGCGUGCAUCUCCUGGCCCAUCAAUACAGAUUACAUAUUUAUAUCAAUCGCGGGCUCUGAGGGCGCCCUCGGAGAGCGGCCCUGCGCCUACGAAAUCAAACUGGGAGUGGUCGCGCGGAAACUCUGGCUCAGGAUUGGCUGCGGACGCCCGCCGCGGUGCGGGGGGAUUGCUAAUCGUAUUCAGCAUGUUUUGCACAAGAAAUGUCAGCCAGAAAGGGCUAUCUGCUCCCUUCGCCAAAUUAUCCCACAACAAUGUCAUGCUCGGAGAGCCCCGCCGCGAACUCUUUUUUGGUGGACUCGCUCAUCAGCUCGGGCAGAGGCGAAGCGGGAGGUGGUGGAGGUGGCGCUGGGGGCGGCGGCGGCAGUGGUUACUACGCCCACGGCGGGGUCUACCUGCCGCCUGCCACCGACCUGCCCUACGGGCUGCAGAGCUGCGGGCUCUUCCCCGCACUGGGCGGCAAGCGCAAUGAGCCGGCUUCGCCUGGCGGUGGUGGCGGUAGCGGGGCCCUGGGCCCCGGAGCGCACGGCUAUGCGCCGGCGCCCAUAGACCUGUGGCUAGAUGCACCCCGGUCCUGCCGGAUGGAGCCGCCUGAGGGGCCGCCGUCGCAGCAGCAGCAGCAGCCACCUCAGCAGCAGCCGCCGCCCCCGCCACAACCACCCCAGGCCCCACCACAGGCCACCUCGUGCUCUUUCGCCCAGAACAUCAAAGAAGAGAGCUCCUACUGCCUCUACGACUCGGCGGACAAAUGCCCCAAAAGCUCAGCGGCCACCACCGAUCUGGCCCCCUUCCCGCGGGGCCCGCCGCCCGACGGCUGCGCCCUAGGAGCCUCCAGUGGAGUGCCAGUGCCCGGCUACUUCCGCCUCUCUCAGGCCUACGGCACGGCCAAGGGCUACGGCAGCAGCGGCAGCGGCGGUGGCGUGCAGCAGCUCGGCGCCAGUCCAUUCCCGGCGCAGCCCCCGGGGCGCGGUUUCGACCCGCCACCGGCACUCGCCUCUGGCUCGGCCGAUGCCGCCCGGAAGGAGCGAGCCCUCGAUUCCCCGCCGCCCGCAACGCUGGUUUGCGGCGGCGGCGGUGGGGGCUCGCAGGGCGACGAGGAGGCGCACGCCUCAUCCUCCGCCGCGGAGGAGCUCUCCCCGGCCCCUUCCGAGAGCAGCAAAGCCUCGCCCGAGAAGGACUCCCUGGGCAAUUCCAAAGGCGAAAACGCAGCCAACUGGCUCACUGCAAAGAGCGGCCGGAAGAAGCGCUGCCCGUACACCAAGCACCAGACUCUGGAGCUGGAGAAAGAGUUUCUGUUCAACAUGUACCUUACUCGAGAGCGGCGCCUAGAGAUCAGCCGCAGCGUCCACCUCACGGACAGACAAGUGAAAAUCUGGUUUCAGAACCGCAGGAUGAAACUGAAGAAAAUGAACCGAGAAAAUCGGAUCCGGGAGCUCACAGCCAACUUUAAUUUUUCCUGAUGAAGCUCCAAGCGAUGCUGGGUUUUUUUUUUUUUUUUUUUUUUCUCCCGAUGCCAGAGCGCCCGUCCCCUCCCUCUGUCUUCAGCCUCUUCCCCAGAACUCGCACCUGUGUCGGAGCCCCAUUCUACCCUUCCACACUCGCCAUCUCCCGGGCCGUUACAUCUGUGCAGGGCUGGUUUGUUCUGACUUUUUGUUUCUUUGUUUGCUUGGUGCUGGUUUACUUGUUUUCAGGGGGAAAAAGCCAUAUCGCGAUAAAUUCUAUUGAAAUAGAUAUUGUUCUAAGUGUCAAAUCCUGACUGGGCUUGGUUUGCUGUCUAGGGGUCUCAAUGCUUGAAAUAACCCCUAUCCUCCUCCUUCCAUCCUUCCAGCUAUUUUCCUGCCCACCUCAGACAACCUAGCCAGAAGACCGAGGUCCCACUGUCGGCCCUAAGGUGUCUGGCCUGAGGUCAAUGGUGCAAGGAGCCGCCACUGGGUCCGCUUGCCUGGAGGGCUGGGCUGUGUUUAAUCAGGGGAUUCAGGCCCCUGGGUUUCUUUUUUCUUCUUCCUUUCUUCCUUGGCCAAGAGAAGGGCAUACAGGCAUAGACAUGCAGGUUGGCAAUAGAGCUUGGCUUUGGCUGAUUGAAAAAGCAGAAAGAGAAUGAUUAUUUUUUCCUUCCUCUGUAAGAUAUCCCAGCUUUAAAAGAAAAAAAAAAAAAGUGACCAAGAGAAGGAAACUUCUCUUUUAGAUUGUGUAAGGUCUUGCAUUGCCUGACUAAAAUGUUUCAUUUACCUCUGAAUUUCCAUUUUCUUCUGGCUGUUGAUAAUAAUGUAGUUUUGUUUAUACGUGUGGAAUUAGUGGAUUUUUUGUCAUUAAAAUCGUUACCACUGGUAACACCCGAAAAGCACACCACAAUUCUCCCUGUCUUGUGGAGGUUUAUUAUUAUUAUUAUUAUUAUUUUACACUUUUUACAUCUUUUUGUGUGUGCAUGGCUUUCUGAAAUUCACGGAAGCUAGGAGGGCUGAGGCAAGAAGAAUAAACUAGAGAAGGGAGACAUUGUUUGGAUUUCCUUUAUACUGUGAAGUUACAUGCAUAAAAGGGUCAAACCUGUAGGUGCAGAAAAGAGAAAAAACCUAUAAAUACAAAUCUGUAUAAAUGUCUAUUAUUAUGAAAAAUUGCCAAUCAUGUUUUAAGCAAAUGCAUUCUAUCAUUAUUAUAAAUGUUAGUUCUAGCUCUAUUUACUUCUAAUCUUAAAUCAGAAUAAAUUAAUAUUGUAUUGCUGCUGUGCGUGGAAAAAAGACGAUGUUUAUGUUCUUAUAGAAUAAAAGCUGUGGAAUGAAGCUUUUUAA